ACAGAAAUCUACGUGUGACCCAUUGAUUCCAUUCGGCGAAUGCCUAAUGGGCGAAUAUGAAGGUCAACACCAAGUAAAUUCGAACACCACGUAUUUACAAUAUUCGAUUUCAUUCAUUGUUACGUUACUUGCAGAUUUGCAUAUUGUAUACAAUCGUAAAGUCGGAUUUUCGGCUUACAUACAAUGGGUAGAAAAAGGCGGGGGUAAUUAGAUUAAAAAUUCCCCCAAGUAUACAUCAUGUUCAGUAAUUUAUCAAAGUAUAAAUUUAAAGUUGAAAUUUGUUAUUAUUAUUUUAUUUUCCGGAACACUGACAUCAAUUGUCACAUAACUUUGUAUGAGUUAUUUAUCAUUUAAAUAAAUGUUAUCUAGUUACCUAACUCUCAGAAAAUGUUUAUACAUAAGAGCAUGGAGCGACAGUCAUGGCAGAAGACGUAAACCUUUGAUUUUCUUAUCAAUUAUUGGACAAAUUUUAACGGAUGGAUUAUAUUUUAUGAAUCAUUUUUGGUUUUGGCCUUCAAUAUUUAAUAUAAUCUUUACAUCAAUUAUUCCUGGAUUAUACGUUGGUAGAAAUAUGUUUUGGGUUGGUAUAAUGUCUCAUGUAUCGGAAAAUUCAAAAUUUGAAGGUAGAACUCUGAAACAUGGGAUUAUUAUUGCAACAUAUACCUUUAGUUUGUUAAUAGGGUGGGGUUUAAUAGCAAUUUUAAAAAAAUGCACAGACCAUUUACAUCAAUAUUUAUUAUUUGUGGUACCGAUAUUGUUUAAUUUGUUCGCCAUAUUGAUUGGCCAUUUGUAUCUUGAUGAUAAUUCUGAUACUUAUGAUAGCGAUAUCAUAUGGUUGAGACCAAACUCUGUAUUCAAAAGUUUCAUUGAUUUAUUUAAUAACAAAUUUAAAGGAUUUUCUAUUGUACUAGCAACAUUAAUAAUAUGCCAAUCAAUCAUAGUAGCAAGAAUUGGAAGUGAAUAUGAAAUAAUAAUGCAGUAUAUAAGUAAAUCGUUUAUGUGGUAUAAUGAUGACUAUAUUUAUUUUAGUGUUAUCAAAAUGUUGGCGAUAAUUUUUGGUACUAUGUUUUCAGUAUUUGUGUUAAGUUACAAUUUGAAAAUAAAUGACUUUGUUAUUGGCAUUUCAGCUUGCAUUAUUUAUAUCAUUGCUACAGUUUUAUAUAUUAUUUCAAGUGAACUUUGGCAAAUUCUUCUUAUUGCCAUUAUUUAUUUAUGUCAUGGUAGUGCUGUAACUAUUACAUUGUCAUUAACAUCUAAAAUUAUGGAUAACAAUCAUCUUGGACGAUUUUAUUCCAUUCAAACCUGUAUGAACUCUGUAUUAACAUUUGGUUUAGUUACGGCAUACGAGACCGCAACUGAUAAUAUAUCUUAUACUAAAUUUAGUCAUUUUUGUUUAAUGAUUUUGAUGUAUAUUAUUCUGACUAUACCUAUUUUAUUUGUGUUUAUAACUCUAUAUUCUAAGUACAAAAAUUUCUGGGGAAGGGAUGCUGCAAGAACAUUAAGAACAAGACAACAGUCUAUAUAUGCUAUUAGUACCUAAUUUAUUUAUUCUAUAAUUCUUAGUAAUGUUAUAUAAGAUUAUAAAUAAGCUUUUUAUAAUAUUGUAUUUUAUUUAAUUAUAUUUAUUGGUUUGAAUAUCAAUGAAAAUUGCUAUUGUA